AUGGACUUGCGACCUAGAGUUCCUUCUUCUCUCUUGCCGCACAAGGCAAUUGGAAACUUUUUCUUUUUGUCUUUACUGAAAGAGACCUCAGAGAGUAAGAUGGAAAUCCAAGAAACGGUGUUUAAGCUGCGUAAAACUAAAGAGGAACUCAAUCAGCUGAUCACAAAGGAUCCGGAGGAUGGAAGGACAAAUAGCGAUGAGGCGAAAGAGAGAAUCGCAAGCGCGAUGCUGAGCUCAUUGUGUGAGGUAAGUCCUGAGACAGAGACAUAUGCUGUGUCUAGUUGGUGCAGAAUGUCGUUUUACGAGGCGGAUUUUGGGUGGGGGCUUCCUGUUUGGGUUGCUCCUGAUUCAGUUGACAAGACUCAGGUUGUUUUGAUGGAUGCAAAGGACGGUGAAGGGAUUGAGGCAUGGGUGACAUUACCUGAAACCGACAUGGCUACGUUUGAGCAUGAUGAUGAGCUGCUUCUUUUUGCUAUUCCAAGUCCUAGUGUCCUCAUCCAGUGA